AUGGCUCCCAGCAGCGAAUCUGAGGAUAACAUCAGCGCGUAUGGAGCUACUCGCUCCACCAUCAAGGGGCAGCCCCUGGAUGCAGAUGAAGCCCGCAAAAUGGACGCAUACUUCCGAGCAAGUAUGUAUCUAUGCUUGGGUAUGCUCUAUAUGCGAGACAAUGUCCUGCUUAAGGAACCCCUAAAGGUCGAGCACCUCAAAGCCCGGCUACUCGGUCACUGGGGAUCGGAUGCCGGCCAGUCCUUCACCUGGCUUCACAUGAACCGCCUGAUCAAAAAAUAUAAUCUGGAUGUCCUAUUCGUUUCCGGUCCUGGCCAUGGUGCCCCUGCUGUUCUCUCUCAGUCAUAUCUAGAGGGAGUCUACUCCGAAGUGUAUCCGGACAAGUCCCAAGAUGAGAAGGGUAUGCAGAGAUUCUUUAAACAGUUCUCAUUUCCGGGGGGCAUUGGUUCGCAUGCGACCCCAGAGACGCCGGGAUCUAUUCACGAAGGUGGUGAAUUGGGAUACUCGAUUUCUCAUGCCUUUGGAAGUGUCUUUGACCAUCCCAACCUCAUUACCUUGACAAUGGUCGGGGAUGGAGAGUCGGAAACCGGACCACUUGCGACUAGUUGGCAUAGCACUAAAUUCCUCAACCCAUGUACAGACGGAGCCGUCCUUCCUGUACUCCAUCUCAACGGAUACAAAAUAAAUAACCCAACCGUCCUUGCUCGCAUCAGCCACGAAGAGCUGAAGGCGUUGUUUGUGGGCUAUGGAUGGACACCUUAUUUUGUGGAAGGCAAUGAAAGAGAAACCAUGCACCAAGCAAUGGCAGCUACACUGGAACACUGCGUUGUAGAGAUCAAAAAAAUUCAAAAGCAAGCAAGGGAGUCAAAGAAGCCAUUCCGACCCCGCUGGCCGAUGAUUGUUCUCCGGAGUCCCAAAGGGUGGUCGGCUCCAAGAGAGAUUGACGGAAAGCUGCUUGAGGGCUUUUGGCGCUCUCAUCAAAUCCCGAUAACUGAUGUCCUGACGAACCCUGCCCACCUGAAGCUACUUGAGACGUGGAUGAAGAGUUACAAGCCCGAGGAGCUUUUUGACAAAGAUGGCAAGCUCGUUGCAGAGCUGAAAGCGCUCGCGCCCUCAGGCAAUUCUCGUAUGAGUGCUAACCCUGUCGGUAACGGCGGUAUACUUCGCAGGCCUCUCCAACUGCCGGAUUUCCGGGACUAUGCUCUCAAAGACAUUGACCCCGGCGUUUCUGUACGCGGGAGCAUGACAAAUAUGUCAAAGUAUCUGAGGGAUGUGGUCAAAGAAAACAUGACCACCUUUCGUGUGUUUGGUCCGGACGAAACAGAGUCAAACAAGCUUGCAGAGAUCUACAAAGCUGGCAAGAAGGUUUGGCUGGGGGACUACUUUGAAGAAGACAAAGACGGAGGAAACCUGGCCUUUGAAGGUCGGGUAAUGGAGAUGCUCAGUGAACAUACCUGUGAAGGUUGGCUGGAGGGCUAUGUGCUUUCUGGUCGUCAUGGUAUACUAAACAGCUACGAGCCUUUCAUCCAUGUCAUCGAUUCGAUGGUCAAUCAGCACUGCAAAUGGAUUGAAAAGUGCUUAGAAGUGGAAUGGCGUGCAAAGGUUGCGUCUCUCAAUAUCCUCCUGACUGCGACCGUCUGGAGACAGGACCACAAUGGCUUCACCCAUCAGGAUCCUGGGUUCCUGGAUGUUGUUGCAAACAAGAGCCCGGAGGUGGUUCGAAUUUAUCUGCCACCCGACGGGAACACGCUUCUCUCAGUUAUGGAUCACUGUUUCAGUAGUGUCAACUACGUUAAUGUGGUUGUGGCUGACAAGCAAGAACACAUCCAAUUUCUAAGUAUGGAUGAAGCCAUUGAACACUGCACCAAAGGCCUUGGGAUAUGGGACUGGGCUAGCAAUGAUCAAGGCCAAGAGCCCGAUGUUGUGAUGGCUGCAUGUGGAGAUGUGCCCACCCACGAGGCUCUCGCCGCAACGGCGUUGUUAAACGAACAUCUUCCCCAACUCAAGGUCCGCUUUGUCAACGUAGUCGAUUUGUUCCGGCUCAUCAACGAGAAAGACCACCCGCAUGGCAUGCCCGACCGACAAUGGAAGGCUGUGUUUACCGACAAUAAGCCGAUCAUCUUCAACUUCCAUUCGUACCCUUGGCUCAUACACCGUCUAACCUACAAGCGACCAGGACAACAGAACCUGCAUGUGAGAGGGUACAGGGAAAAGGGCAAUAUCGAUACUCCGUUCGAACUAGCCGUCCGGAACCAGACCGACCGCUACAGUCUUGCUAUCGAUGCCAUUGACCGUGUAGGAUCCCUCGGCAACACGGCGUCUCAUGUCCGAGAAAAGUUGAUCAAUCAGCAACUCGCUGCUAAGCAAGUGGCAUAUGACAAUGGUUUAGAUGCAGAAUACAUCCGAAACUGGAAAUACCCUAAGAAGGCAUAA